CAACUCGAGCCAACUGUCAAAAUCCAUCCCGCAAUUGGAAUUUUUAGGCUCAAUUCCCUCCGAGGAUGGACGCGGGAAAUAGUUCGCCCCUCUGUGUAAUAGCCCCCCUUGUCGCUGUCGGAUUAUUCAUCAGCUACGAUGAGUUGCCACGGCUUCGAUGAUGUGCAGGCAACACUCUCUCCCCUGAGAUAGGUAUUUAUAUGAUUUGACGGUGCUCAGCCUUCGGCCCUCCGAACAGAAGUAUUAAAAAGCCGAGUGUUGUUUCUUUGAGCAUAAGAUACCCCUCUCCCUCAAAGUCCCUUCCAAGUUCCAGCCUACCACCGCGGGGACCGGAGUUAUCGUACACUCUAUACACAACCAACAUGACUGUCAACAAGCUGACGGCCAGCACGCCCGCUCGGGGGGUUCCCUUCUACACUCCCGAGCAAACCCUCCCGGCCGGCACCGCCCUCGACACCGGCGCCGAGGUGCCCACGCUCUUCACCCCUAUCAAGCUCCGGGACCUGGUCCUGCAGAACCGCUUCGUGGUAUCCCCUAUGUGCACCUACUCUGCCGAUGAUGGACACUUGACCGACUGGCAUCUGGUCCACUUGGGCGCCUUUGCCCUCCGUGGCGCCGCCCUGACCAUCGUCGAGGCCACCGCCGUCACUCCAAAUGGUCGCAUCUCGCCCGAGGACAGCGGCCUUUGGCAGGACAGCCAAAUCGCCCCGCUGAAGCGCAUCGUCGACUUUGUCCACUCCCAGGGCCAAAAGAUCGGCAUUCAACUCGCCCACGCCGGCCGCAAGGCCAGCACCCUCGGCCCCUGGCACGUCACUCCGGGCCGGCACGAGGUCGCCGGUCCAGACGUCGGCGGCUGGCCCGACAACCUCUGGGCCCCGAGCGCCAUCGCCUGGGACGAGGGGUACCCGACGCCCAAGGAGAUGACGGUCGCCCAGAUCGAGGAGCUGGUCCAGAGCUUCGUCGACGCCGCCAAGCGCGCCAUCCAAGCCGGCGUCGACACCAUCGAGAUCCACGGCGCUCAUGGCUACCUGAUCACCGAGUUCCUCUCGCCCAUCACCAACCAACGCACCGACGCCUACGGCGGCAGCUUUGAGAACCGCACCCGCCUGCUGCUGGACAUUGUCCGCGCGGUGCGCGGCGUGAUCCCGCAGGGCAUGCCCCUGCUCGUGCGCAUCUCGGCGUCCGAGUGGAUGGAGCACAGUGGCCAGCCCAGCUGGGACCUGGAGCAGAGCAAGCGGCUCGCGCUGCUGCUGGCGGACCUCGGCGUCGACCUGCUCGACGUCAGCUCCGGCGGCAACAACCCAAAACAGCACAUCGAGGUGCACCCGUACUAUCAGGCCGACAUGGCGGGCGAGAUCCGCGAGCUGCUGCGCAAGGAGGGCAAGGGCGAGGCCUUGAAGAUUGGCGCGGUGGGCAUGAUCAGCACAGCCGAGAUGGCGAGGAGUGUGGUGCAGGAGGGCGGGAAACUCGCGGGGGAGCAAGACAGGAAGAUUGAGGUGGAGAGCGGAGACGGGACGAGGGCCAGGGCGGAUUUGGUGCUGAUUGCGAGGCAGUUCUUAAGGGAGCCUGAGUUUGUGCUCAAGACGGCUGCCCUGCUAGGUGUGCAAGUCGCUGGGCCGGUGCAGUAUCACCGCGCGCCGAUCAAGAAGGGGCGGUUGUGAGCUUUCUUUAUUGAUGUUGCACAUGGAGCGAUGAGGGUUUAGACGUGGUGCGAACGGAUGGUGUUUGGUGUUUUUAAAACGGAAUGGGGCUUUACUAGAGAUGAUUGAUGAUCAGACAACCUAGACAAUGCUACAUCUUGUCUUCUGUC